AUGGGUCAAAGCGCGUCGUUCCAGGGCUCAGACUCGCACAGUACGCUCGUCGAGGAAGAGGCAAUAGCAGCUUCCGGCCAUGGCGGGUACGAAAAGCUACAGAUCGAGAUGAAGGAUACCCUAGACGAUAUGGAUUCUACCAGCCUGGAACUUGGCGAGCAUGAAACCCCUGACUCUGCGCUCCAGGCGCAGCCCUCCCAUUCCCCCACUGGACAAAUCGGAGGGAUAGCCAUGUCCGAUAACGCCCACAUCAGCGGCGGGAUCGUCGCAGGCGGAGAUGUACAUCUCAACGUCGCCCUCACCUUAACCCCAUCCGCCUCUGAAACCUGGCAAGAACGACAAAGACUGCGGGAGGAAGCAGAAGCUAAAUCCCGCCUGUUGAACGAGGUAGUGGACUGGCUGGCUCCUCAUUCCUAUUUCAGAGAUGUGCAGAGCGAGAACUUUGAAAAAUGGACAGCUGGGACAUUGUCCUGGUUCCUCACUGCGGACCUCUACAAGUCGUGGAAACAGGGAGGGAAUCGUAUCAUUUGGGGUACCGGAAUACCCGGGGCUGGAAAGACUGUAUUGGCCUCAAGAGCAGUCCACGACCUCGAAGAAUACAAAAACACCGUAAAGGGGAAAAUAUGCGUUCUAUUCGCCUACUGCCGCUACUCCGAGCGCCUCCCAGUGAACGAAAUUCUCGAAGCUCUCGUGAAGCAAUUCCUCGAAUGUGAUCCCUCCCUCGUCUCCAUCGUCGAACCCAUCUACUCCCAUCACAAACUGCGCAAAACACGCCCUAGCCAAGCUGAGCUCCUCGCACUCCUCCAGCAGUUGGAACAGCACUUCGAGGUCGUGUACUACGUUAUCGACGGGCUGGACGAGGCGUUGGUGGACACCCAAUUCGACUUGAUCCAAGCGGUCAAUGCGUUGCGAGGACGGUUUGCUCUGACAUCUCGGCCCUUGAAGAGGCUAGAGUCUGGUCUUCCCGCGACAAAAUUCUACCCCGUCACCCCGAACGCGACCGAUAUCAAGCUCCUGGUUAUACAGAAGAUCAACCGAAACCCGCAUUUUCGAGCCCUCUUAGAAAAAUAUGGCUGUCGCGACCAGUUGAUUCGACGCAUCUUGAACAAGUCCAGCGGAAUGAUCCUUCACGCAGCCCUCCAAAUCGAAAUCAUCCACCUCUGUGAAAGCAUUACAUGCGUACAGAGAAACCUCGAUCGUUUCCCCGCCAAGCUCAGGGGCAUGUAUCACCAAGCCAUGGUACGGAUCUGCGAACAGAGCCCGCCAGACAACGUCGAUCUCGCCAAGCACGUGCUGUUGUGGCUCGUGUUCGGGAACGAGGCAGUUUCACUCCCCGCCCUUCAACAACUUGUCGUCACCACUUGUGACGAUGCUGUUCCCGCUGAAGGGGCGCCUUUGCCUGAUGGUGCAGCGGUUCUCAGCGUCUGCUGUGGCCUGGCUCGCAUCGAAGUCAAGACCAACCUCGUUCUCCUCGUCCGUGAGUAUAGGUUUAACUUUACUCCCUUACGAGUGAUAACCUCAGACGGGUUUGGAUUUUGUACAGACUUUACAGCCAAGGAGGCCCUGGCACCUAUCCUAAUGCGCGACUUCCCCAACCCCCAUGCUGCGCUCUUCAGGGCAGCAGCUCAACACCUGUUGGCCUACAACAUCCCCAACAACCGAACCAUGGAAACAGAUGUCGACCUCUACAUCCUACUUCGACGACACCCCGCCCUCCGCUACUCCUACGAGCACUGGGCAUACCACGCAAAGCACUGCGCCUCCGACCCUGCUCACUCCUCUGAAGUCCUCCAAUUCCUCAAACAGUGCACCUCAUACCCAGUAUCCGAUGGCUUCUCCCUCGAGCCCUACUCCCCUCUCCACGUUACCGCGGCCUUCGGUCUCGACGACCUCAUCGAAGAAGUCCUCCUCGACAUCGCCAAAGGCGACAUCACCAUCCGCACCGAAGGUUCCGAAUGGCAAAAAACACCUCUGAUGCUCGCAGCCCAAAACGGGCAUACGAAAACCGUCGACAAGCUGUUAAAGCUCACACGGAGGACGAUGCUCAAGAACGUCAUCGGUGGGCACGGUAAACCCGGUAUGCACCUCUUCACGGGCCAAAUCAACCUUCGAGACUCGGCUGGACGGACUGCUCUGAUGCAUGCCUGUGGGCAUCCAGAGACAGCUCGGCGCUUACUCGAGCACCCAGACGUCCAGGUCAACGUCCAGAGCAAGGUCGGUUGGACGGCACUGAUGCUCGCAACCGAGGAGGAGACGUUUACAAGUCUGCUCCGCCACAAGGAUAUCCAGGUCAACCUGAAAGACAUCGACGGCGAGACGGCGCUGAUGUACGUGGUGAGAGGCGGCACCGAAUCGGCAGCAGAACGUUUACUCGCCCACCCCGAUGUGCAAGUCAACCUCAAAGGCAAGGAAGGGUCAACCGCGCUGAUGCAUGCAGCAGAUAGUGGCCGUGGGGGGAUGGUCCGCUUACUCCUCCGUCACAAAGAUAUCCUUCCGAAUAUCCGUGACAAGCAAGGACGUACAGCCCUAAUGUGCGCAGUGGCGAAAGGACGAGUAGGUGCCGUCAAGGCCUUUCUUGAAUUCGACACAGUCGAUGUCAAUGCCACCACACCCCACUUCCUAGAAUCGUCCCUCAUGCUGGCCACCACUCCCCGGAUGGUCUCCCUCCUGCUAGAAUCCUGCCGCGUCGACGUCACCCUCCGGGACAAGGAUGGCGAUACUGCACUUACCAGGGCUCAGAAAUCGGUUGUAGUGUGUCGCGAUGAGGAGAAACGCAAGAAUUGGGAAGAAAUUGUUGCCCUGCUUACUAACCAUGAAGGCGAUCCAGGGCACUAG